UAUUAUGCAUGGUUGUAUGGUACAUUGUAUUUGUUACAAUGACGAAAGAUUUGAAGCAUUUAAGUUAUGAAAAUAAAGUUAUAUUGGCUCCAAUGGUAAGAGUUGGAACUCUUCCAAUGAGAUUGUUAGCUCUUGAGUAUGGAGCAGAUGUUGUAUAUUCUGAAGAAUUAAUAGAUUGGAAACUGAUAAAAUCCGUUCGCAGAGUUAAUGAGGUCUUGGAGACUGUAGAUUUUAUCGACAAGUCUGAUGGUACAAUCGUAUUUCGAACUUGCUUGAAAGAAAAAAAUAAAGUAGUGGUGCAGCUAGGUACUUGCGACAGUCAACGAGCUUUAAAAGUUGCCAAAUUGAUUGAAAAUGAUGUUGCUGGGAUUGAUAUAAAUAUGGGUUGCCCUAAGGAAUUUUCCUUAAAAGGUGGAAUGGGUGCUGCCCUCUUAUCUCAGCCAGAUAAAGCAGUGGAAAUUUUAUCAACUUUGGUUGAUAAUGUAAAAAUUCCAAUUACUUGCAAAAUCCGAGUGUUUGAUGAUGUCGACCAGACAGUAAAUCUCAGUGUGAGAUUAGCUUCAACAGGUAUAUCUGCGAUUGCAAUUCAUGGAAGGACAAAAGCUGAAAGACCAAUGCACCCCAACCGGAACUAUAUAAUAAACGCUGUUGCCAAAGCAAUCAGGAUACCCGUCAUUGCAAAUGGAGGGUCUAGAGAAAUUGAGAAGUAUUCUGACAUUUUAAAAUUUAAAAAUGAAUGUGGUAGCAGUAGCGUGAUGAUUGCCAGAGCCGCAGAGGGAAACUGUUCAAUAUUUUGUAAAAAUGGCUUAAAAGAUCUGGAGACAGUUAUUUUACAUUAUUUAAAAUACGCUAUUGACUAUGACAAUUCACCCAGUAACACAAAGUAUUGUGUUCAAAAUAUGCUCAAGGAACUGCAAGAAACUCCAAGGGGAAAAAAGUUUUUAGAGUGUCAGACUUUAGAACAAAUAUGUUCUAUAUGGGGUUUAGGAAGCUAUUGCAGAAAGAAGCAGCUAGAGUAUCAAUCAAAGGGUUUGCUCGGUAGACGGGAAAUUACUCCAGAUUUAUUCAGAUCUGCUCCAAAGAAGUUAAAAAUCGAUGAAGAGAAUGAUAUAUAUCAAAUCAAAUGUGCCUUUAUACGAGUCAAUUUUGUGGAAGAUAUAGAUUUGCCUAAAUCAAAGCUUAUAACUUACUGUGGAAAAAAUAAGCUAAAAACUCCUUCUUAUCAAGUCAUCAAUGAAGAUAAGCUAUUUAGAGCCAUUGUUACAGUAAAUGGAAGAAAAUAUGGUUCAUCAUAUUGGGAAAAAAACAAGAAAUUCGCCGAACAGGGUGCUGCUUUGGCAUGCUGUUGUGCCUUAGGACUGAUAGAUAGGCAAACACUUGUUAAUAAUGGAAGUAUACUAGAAUAAUAUAAAAACAUUUUAAUCGAUUUUAAUAUUAUUAGCCUUAUAGAUGAAUCCACCAAUAAUUCUACCGAAAAAUAUUGUUUCUGCCAAUUGCCAUUUGAGUUAAUACGAUAAAUUUGAAAAUGCGCUGUGC